AAAGAAUCUUAACUCCACCACAACACAAACACACAAGUUGCAAACUCUCAUACUUGGAACACUGUAAUACAAAUGCAUAUAAGUGUUCUUCCUAUAUACUGAGAGCAAGCUUUUUCCUUUUUAACUCACUCAACUCCUAGCUUCCUUUACCAACCUUUCCUUUACACACACACACACAUAUAUAUAGAGCAAGAGAGAGAGAGGGAGUGGGAAAAAGAGUAGAAAGAUGGAUACCUUUAUGUCUUCAUAGAAAAGAGUGAUGUGCUCAAAGAAAGAAGAAGAAGUAGAAAGUUCAGGAGCCAUGAACAACAUACAAAAUUACCCAAAUGACCUCUUUUUCCACCAACUUGUAUCCCAUCACCAUCACCAAGAUCCUUCUCAGUCCGAAACUUUCGGAGCUCCAGGUAACAACAUCGGAUCCGGAUUCACUAUCUUCCCCCACGACUCCCCAAUAUGGCCUACUUCGACCCAACCACAGUUCGAUCCAUUUCCUCCUCCUCCUCAAGCAUCUUUCUACGGGAGUUUCUUUAACAGAAGUCGAGCUAAUCACCAGGGAUUACAGUUUGAAUACGAGGGCUUUGGUGGAGCCACGUCAACAACUCAUCAUCAUCAUCAUGAACAGCUUCGGAUCUUGUCAGAGGCUUUAGGUCCGGUAGUGCAAGCUGGGUCGGGUCCUUUCGGGCUACAAGCUGAGUUAGGGAAGAUGACAACACAAGAGAUCAUGGAUGCCAAAGCCUUGGCCGCUUCAAAGAGUCAUAGUGAAGCUGAGAGAAGACGAAGAGAAAGAAUCAACAAUCAUCUUGCUAAGCUCCGUAGUAUACUACCCAACACCACCAAAACUGAUAAAGCGUCAUUACUAGCGGAAGUGAUUCAACACGUGAAAGAGUUGAAGAGAGAGACUUCAGUGAUCUCGGAGACAAACUUGGUUCCAACGGAGAGCAACGAGUUAACGGUGGCUUUCACGGAGGAGGAAGAAACCGAAGAUGGCAGAUUUGUAAUUAAAGCGUCGCUUUGUUGUGAAGACAGGUCGGAUCUAUUGCCGGACAUGAUCAAAACGUUGAAAGCGAUGCGUCUCAAAACGCUCAAGGCGGAGAUAACCACCGUCGGGGGUAGAGUUAAGAAUGUGUUGUUUGUCACUGGAGAAGAGAGCUCCGGGGAGGAUAUGGAAGAGUAUUGUAUAGGGAUGAUAGAGGAAGCUUUGAAGGGGGUGAUGGAGAAGAGUAACGUUGAAGAAUCAUCUUCUUCUGUGAAUGCUAAGAGACAGAGAAUGAGUAGUCACAACACUAUUAACAUUGUCGAACAACAACAAUAUCACCAUUAA